AGCCAAAUUUCCUAAUAUGGUAAACACACCGCCAGAAAACAAUCAUGGAGGUCUACAAAAACAUAAACAAUGACGAUUGGAGUAAAGAGAGAAGACAUGGACAGUUCCUAAUCCACACAAAAUCUUGGAUGCAACACGUUUACAUUUCUCCCUUUCAUUACUCAUCAAACUCAUCAUCAUCUUCCUUCUUCAAUGAAACAAAUCAUCAUCAAAUUCAAUGCUCUUAUUUUUCUCUUCUUCCACAACUUCCCUCUUCCUUUCUCUCUCUAAAAUAACCCCUCCUCUCUCUCUCCUCCGCUUCUCCACCAUGUCUGCAAUCAACCUUCAAACUCACGCUUUCGCCGGAAAUCCAAUCAAACCCAAAACCCCCAAAUCAAACGACGCGUUUUCCCCUAAUUUUGCCCUUCAAACCCUCAAAAUUCACCUUUUAAGCAAUACCCAUGAACCCAUUUCGCCUGCAUUUCGGGUUUUACCCUUCAGAAAGGGCCGUCCUUUGGCGGGUUCUUCGGGUUCGGGUUCAAAUUGGCAUCUGGGUUGGCUUAGUUUGGGUGAUUGCAAGGGUUUAUUGGCUGAUUCGUGUGUGAAAUUGGAGGAAAAUUCAUUGGUUUUUCUGGGUUCGAAAUCAGAGGAAGAUUCUGUUUUCUGGGCAAUUGAUGUUUCUGAGGAUGAUAAGUUGGUGGAUGAAUUAGGGAAGAAGUAUUUUUCUUUUGUUGAGCUUCGAACUUUGAUGGUUGCUACUGAUUGGUGUGAUCCUAAUGCUAUGGCUGAUUUAGCUGUUGCUGGUCAUGCUAGAGCAUUGCUAGAAUGGCAUGGUCUAUCGCGCUUUUGUGGGCACUGUGGAUCUACAACUAUCCCCAUGGAAGCUGGUAGGAGAGUGCAGUGCUCAAAUGAAUCGUGCAAGAAGCGAAUCUAUCCUCGUGUCGAUCCAGUAGUCAUUAUGCUCGUAAUUGAUAGAGAGAAUGAUCGGGCACUUCUAAGCAGACAGUCGAGAUAUGUACCUCGGAUGUGGAGCUGUUUAGCUGGUUUUACAGAGCCAGGAGAGAGUUUGGAAGAAGCAGUGAGAAGAGAAACGUGGGAGGAAACUGGGAUUGAAGUAGGAGAAGUUGUCUACCAUAGCUCUCAACCAUGGCCUGUUGGGCCAAGCAGCAUGCCAUGCCAGUUGAUGGUAGGGUUCUUUGCUUAUGCAAAAUCUCUAGAAAUAAACGUUGACAAGGAUGAGCUGGAAGACGCUCAGUGGCAUAGCAGAGAAGAUGUGAAGAAAGCCCUUUCAUUUGCUGAAUAUGAGAAGGCACAGAAAACAGCUUCUGCCAAGGUAGAACAGAUAUGCAAGGGUGUUAAGCAGAGUCAAAACCUCUCCUCCGAUUUUAACACCGAAAGCGGAGAGCUUGCACCCAUGUUUAUUCCUGGGCCUUUUGCGAUUGCGCACCAUCUUAUAUCCACUUGGGUCUUUCAAGGGGCUCCAGUAAGCAGUUCUGACAGUCGACUUAAUAGUUCUCUCUCUAAUUUGUAGUAAUUGUCAAUCUUUUCUUCAUUUGUAGUUUAGUGGUUGCUUCGUUAUUAUAUGGCAAAUAACUAUUCUUGAUUGUGAUGCAUGAGUAGACAUAUUUUGGUGCAAUAUGAUCUAGUAGUCUUUUGUUAACA